AUGGCCACUUUUACCAAUGAAAGCGCAAAAAUUCCGUGCCAUACCGUACCUAAUUACCGUAAUUCAUCGAACAACGACUGUAUAAUGCCGAUUCAUUACAACCUGGACAUGAUAGUGUUACCAGGCAUUUCAUUCAUUGGCGAGUUUCUAUUCGCAACUUUACUUCAACCGAGAAAUGCUCGACAAUUAUUUCCGUGUUGGGACGACCCAAAAUUAAAAGCAACUUUUAACAUCACCGUCAAAUUGGAUACAAGAUACUAUGCUAUAUCGAAUACGAUACCAAUAAAAAUCGAGUUUUCGUAUAACGGGAUGAUACGUUUACUGUUCCACAUGACACCUAAAAUUUCUGUAAACGAUGUCACGAUUAUAAUGUUUGAUUUGCAACCAGAUUAUAUUUCCAAGAUAAACAAGAUCUAUUUUUGGAGCAAAUGGGAUUUGAUACCUUACAUGAAAUGGGCGCAAUAUGUUGCGGAAAAUGUAAGCAUGUAUUUAGAAAACAAAUGGAGGAAUAUUUCGAGAAGCGAGCCAAAAAUGGAUUAUGUAAUUAUUCCGAUAGACUUGACCGAGUAUAAAAGGCGGAAUUGUGGAGUGAUUUUAUUCAGCAAAACAAAUAUUAUCUACAACGAAGAAUUUUAUCCUGUUGCAUUUAAAACUUUAGCAAUGCGUUCAGUAGCUCAUAAUAUAUUACAUUAUUGGUUUAUUAAUUUCUUCUAUUCGUUAUGUCGAUCUUCCUGGUGGUUGAACAAAGGCUUUGUUGUGUUCCUCGAAUCAUAUAUUAUCGAUAAGGUUGUUUCAUAUUUAUUAAGCUAA